GGCGUAGGCUACAAAACUAUCUGAUCAGGAAGUGAACGAAGAGCAGCAGGAAGCAGUAGUGUGUAUUCGAACCAAAUUUAAUUCCACGCAGGCUUUCUGACAGACAAAUGUUUGCAAAUGCACUUAAUAAUUUAAUUGUAGCUACUUGACGUCAAACCCUCAGUUCGAAAAUAAAACUGCAGUGCUGUGUGUACUUCAGGUUGAAAAUGAAACUGAAACAACUAGCCUACCAACUUCGGUCUGAAGUCUAACAUAGGUGACUCAGGUUGGGGGAAAAUAGAUCUUCUUUUUUUCUGUUAAACGAUACAGGAUACACGGAUACAGCGAAGAUGGAUCCUUUUUCGCUUGUGUUACUCCAGAUUUCAGAAGAUCUAUUGCCAGAUAAUGUUAACGCGAUGAAGUUUUUAUGCCAAGCACAAAUAGGAAAGAAGAAACUCGAGCAAAUCAACAAAGGGACUGAGCUGUUCGAAUGCCUGCAGCAAAUGAACAAAAUAGGGCCCGACAACACGGACUUCCUCAAAGACCUCUUAAACUCCAUUAAGAGGGCCGACCUUCAUGAAAGAUUAUCCAACUUUGAAACGUGUGGACCCGGCCCACAGGAGGUCCGGCUUGAUCCCAAUGUGCGAGCAAAACUGGAUAUUGCGACAGAUGAACUUUCGGAGCAACUGGGAAGGAACUGGCGGAGGUAUGGUCGAAAACUAGGAAUAACAGACGCCAAACUGGAUCAAAUAUCAGCAAAGCACCCCUUCGACCUACGAGAGCAGGCGGUUACGCUUUUGCGGGAGUGGCGGAAGAUGCAGGGGGCUGAUGCAAAGGUGGACGGUUUGAUAAAAGCUCUUCGAUCCUGCGAGUUAAACUUAACCGCUGACCAGCUAAUUAGAAGACUCGCGCAAGAGGAACAAAAACAAUGAAAUCGGAGUUCUUAUCUUUCCCAGUGUUUAAUUGCACAACGAAAUUGCAUAGCUAAUAUAUUUAGGUUAAUAAAGCAGAAUUCUCGUUAUAAAUAAAAUAAAAUAAAAGGCCUAAGGUUAAUAAUAGGCUACUGCUUGCUUUGCUCAGGGGUUUUCGAACUGGCUUAUAUACAAUUAAUAAAAUAACUUGCUCAAAGCAAGGUGGCGUAGAUUUUUUAUUAUCUCAAAACAUUGAAAUCUAUUUGUUUGUAGAGGAAGUGACAGGAACAUUUGUUGGUUUGCAUUUACUUUGGAAUAUAUCCUACAAAUAGCCUAGUGUUAUGUGUGUUCUACCCACAUGCCAUUAUGCAUCUUAUUUUUUGUACUGCACUCGCAUGUCUACGACCCUAAUGUGAAUAAUUCUCAGGUACGAAACUAAUGUUUGUGCAUAUAGUGUGGUUGCUACAUUGGGCGCUAUAGAAUGUCAUCAUUUUCCAUGAAAUGUAAAAAUAAAGGGACGUUGAAAGUUAAUAUAGUAGUACCAGUUUCAGUGCAUUACUGGCUUUGGUUACAGUUUGUAAAUUAUAUUGAAAGACUACCCUUAGUCACGUGUGUCCCAGGCAUUGUCCUUUUAAUAUAUACCUCUUUCUGUUUGGUGAAAUGUUGGGUUCAGAAACAUUAUUAUAUAAAAAUCUACUUUCACAUUUUGUAUUUUCUCUAUUGAGCUGCAGUAUAGUCUGGUAUUUAUGCUGAAUUUAAACAGUUGGUUGCAUCAUUUUAAAGGGAAACUAUACUGAUAUAAGGCCAAUCACAUGUCUUAUCUUCCCACUCUGCUUGUAUGAAAAUCAGCCCUCUGUAUGUGACAAUAUCCAUUCCUAACUCCUGAGAUGAAUGGUAACCUAUGAGAGGCGGGUUUUGAAAUAAACCAUUUUUAAGUGGUCUA